CCUAUGUAAAAAGCCUCAAUUCUCGUGAAAUCUCAAUAGUUAUUCAGAGCAAACUAGGUACCUAGGUACCUAACCUAUACAUGUUACAUGAGUGGGUAUAAGUCUUAUCGAUAAGAAAGACACAUCGAAUUUGAUAAGACAAAAAAGAGCCCGUCCAGGAAAUUUACAUACUUCGUCCUCGAUACAUACAUUAGGUACAUACAUGCAUUAGGUACCUACGCAAGAUCCGCACCGCAAAAAUGGCCGACGGCAACAUCAACCUCAACGACUUCGACCUCAGCAAGCUGAACGGGAACGACAAGGCCGAGCUGCGCCAGUUCUUCGCCAACGAGGGCCAGAAGGCUCGCAUCCAGACCACCGUUCACUCCCUAACCGACAUGUGCUUCCGGAAGUGCAUGACGAGCACGGUCCGCAGCGGCAAGCUGGACAAGGGCGAGGAGGGCUGCAUGGUCAACUGCGCGAACCGCUUUAUCGACGUGAGCCAGUUGACCGUCAAGCACCUGCAGAACUUGCGCCAGGGUUAGAUGGAUAUUAUGGGAAA